AGCACGUAGUUUUUGCUGCCCACCCUGCUAGAUCUAACUUUGCUUUACGGAAACUAACAAAAAAAUUGCAAUUUAGAAGCAUGCGAUGGACAAAGUUCUUCAAAAUGUCCUAAUCAGGCCUGCCGUGAAAAGUGACUGCAAGGAAUUAUUCAAUCUAAUCAAGGAACUGUCCGUGUAUGAGAACCUGCUUCAUAUUGUCACUUUGACAGAAGAGAAAUUAAUAGAAGAUGGCUUCGGACCCAAUCCAGUUUUCAGAUGUUUUGUUGCUGAACUGAAAAAAGAAGCAUCAUCAUCGACAUUGGUGGGAUACGCCAUUUACUUUUUCUCAUUUUCCUCGUUCACCGGGAAGAGCAUCUACCUCGAGGACUUCUACGUCAAGCAGCAAUACCGAUCACUCGGUAUCGGCACAUCCCUACUCAGAAAUGUCGCCCAAGUGGCAGCUUCAGAGUCGUGUGGCCGGAUCGAUUUUGUGGUUCUCUCCUGGAAUCGAAGCAGCAUCGAUUACUACGAAAAACUUGGAGCCGUCAACCUGACUACAACCCAAGACUGGCAUCUCUUCAGGAUGGAUCGAGAGGCUAUCUUUAAACUCGCCGAUGGUUCGUCUGCUACUAAAACUGCUUCUGUAGCUGCUACUACAGCUGCUACUACGUCAAUUGAAGCAGCAAUUGCUGCUGUCGCUACUGCUACAGCUUAAAUUUGUCAUGCUAAUUUUUCCUCUCCUAAUACAGUCUUUGAUGCUGAUAACGUGCUGGGUGUUUUAAAUUUUAAUGGCUGGAUUCAUGAUGAUGAUAAUGAUGUUGUUGUUGAUGAUGAUAUUGAUGUUGUUGUUGUUAAUGAUAAUAAUGAUGAUGUUGUUGUUGUUGUUGCUGUUGUUGUUGAUGAUAGUGAUGAUGUUGUUGAUGAUGGUGGUGAUGAUGUUGAUGAUGAUGUUGUUGUUGAUUCAACUGCUUAUUUAUUUAAUACCAGGUUAUUUAUUGUUCUCCAUGUUACAUAGGAGUUAGCGUUGUGGAAAUUGUUUUGUAAUAAUUUUAUGAUCAACUAGUGUACUAUAAUUAUGUUAUUUAUUCAUUCAUUCAUUCAUCAAUCUUCGUUUUGCGUCCAGAGACCCGGUUCCCCGAGGUAGAACGUUGUUUUCUUAGCCAUCAACUUUUUGCGCCAAAUUAGACGAUCAGUUGUAUCCAUUUCAUUUAAAUUUAGAGCUUUCAUGUCUUGCUCGAUUGUUUGCGACCAGGACUUCUUUGGACGGCCUUUGGGACGUGUGCCAGGUACUUCAACAUCUGCAAGAGAAGUUAUGGCACUGUUUCUACUUCGUUUGA